GCCACGCUCAACCGGAGGGGUCGCUGCUUGAGCAGCGCACGGCGGGGCGAGGCUUGGGCAGCGGCAACCGCUGAUUGGCAGUAAAGGGCUUCACGCCCCAUCGCCUGCUCUAGCAGAACCAGAACAGCCAAUCAGAGCGAGGACUGAGGGCAACGACCCAAUCCUGGAGCAGGGCUGAGAGUGGGGGCGGGGACAAGUUGCUCAGGUGGAUUCAGGACUGGAGCUGGCCUGCGGAUGCUCCUUUGCUGCUGCUGCUGCUGCUGCUGCUGCGCUGCGCUGGGAGUACAGUCGCCAGGCAAAAAGCCCUCUCAGGUCUCAGGAGAGCCAUGAGCCGGUUCCUGAACGUGUUACGAAGCUGGCUGGUUAUGGUGUCCAUCAUAACCAUGGGGAACUCGCUCCAGAGCUUCCGAGACCACACCUUUCUCUAUGAAAAGCUCUACACCGGCAAGCCACACCUUGUGAAUGGCCUCCACGCUCGGACGUUUGGAACCUGGACACUACUCUCGUCCGUGAUUCGCUGCCUCUGCGCCAUUGACAUUCACAACAAGACGCUCUACCACAUCACGCUCUGGACCUUCCUCCUCGCCAUGGGGCACUUCCUCUCUGAGUUGUUUGUAUAUGGGACUGCAGCUCCCACGAUUGGCGUCCUGGCACCCCUCCUGGUGUCAAGUCUCUCAAUCCUGGGAAUGCUAGUGGGGCUCUGGUACCUAGAAGCAGAACCAGGAUCCAGACAGAAGAAGAGAAACUGAGGCCAACAUCACCACGUCCGAGACUUCAUCUUCCAUCUUUGCUGGCCUCUUCCUUCGCCCACUCUGCUCUUAAAUUUCUUUUCUGCUCCAUCAUCCACUUCUAGCCUUUUACAUUUUGGUUUUUUUCUUUAGUUUAAAAUUUUUUAAGCUAUAACAUACAUACAGGAAGUUGGUGCCAUUUACAUGUAUAUACCAUUUAAAGAAUCAUUUUAAAAUGAAUACCCUGCACCUCCAUCCAAAUCAAGAAAUCGCCAGCACAUCCGAAGCCCACUGUGUGCCCUUCCCCCACCCGCAACCUCUUCCAAGACCCCUUUUCCAGCCUUUGCUUUUUUUCUUUUAUUUUCACCCGUCGAUUUGACUUGUGUGGAGGGAACACGUGAACUGUGAAACUUAAAGCUGCUGCCUCACCCACAGCAGCUGCCACCAAGGGCUGCUUCGAGGGGUUGUCCACCCAGGUUGGGCUCCUCUCUGCUGCUGGACCCAAGACUGAACCAUCAGAGGGACAGGCAGUUCUGAGAAGGGCUCGCCUGCAAGUGAGCAUGGCUCCUAUCCUUGUGCCUACAGGUGGAUCAGGGUUGGAAGAGUCUGGGCUGUUUUUAGACCUUCUGGUCCACUGUAUUUGUGUAAUGAGAUUUGUAAUAAAUAGAAAAACCUUCUUCUCUGA